AUGGCUAUCCUGCAGAUCAUAUCCGCUCUUACAGUUCUAUGGAUCUCCUUGGGUUUCCUCAGGCGGCGUCUCUAUCCAACAGUACUAGAAAAUGUUCCGGGGCCUCCUGGCGAGUCUUGGAUUGCAGGCUCUUUGAAUUAUAAGUCGGAUAGGCUCCUCGUAUUCGAUCAGAAGGCCAUGUACCAUGUUUUGGUCAAGGACUAUAACAUCUAUGAAGAAACAGACUCUUUUAUCGAGGGAAAUAAAAUUAUGUUUGGACAUGGCAUAUUCACUUCGCUAGGGGACGAACAUAGGCGCCAUAGGAGGAUGUUGAACCCUGUCUUCUCAAGUGCUCAUAUGCGACAAAUGGACGUGUUCCUCAACAAGGUUCAGAAUGGGCCACAAGAGGUGGACGUUGUCAAUUGGAUGACACGCCUGGCGUUGGAACUCAUUGGGCAAAGCGGUCUCGGUUACUCGUUCGACGAAUUAACCGAAACCAGCCCUCAACAUAAAUAUGGUUUGAUGUCGAAGAAACUUGUUACCAUGCAAGGGGACGAAUUUGUCCGAGACUGGGUUAUGCCGAGGCUCACUAGAAUUGGCACACCUGCGUUCCGUAAAUUUCUGGUCGAUUUGAUGCCGUUUGAGGCAAUUGCUGGCAUGAAAGAGAUCGUGAAUGUCUUGCACGAUACCUCCGUGCUGAUCUUUGAAACGAAGAAAAAGGCAUUAGCUGAGGGAGAUGAAGCCGUGCAAAACCAGAUUACUUUUACUAUAUUCGUUAAUCCUCUUUCCAUGAAACGAAACGUCCUGGCGUCAGAUGAAGACAAGCUCUCUGACGAGGAGGUUUUGGCACAAAUCACCUCGUUGACGUUCGCUGCAACUGAUACUACCUCCGGGGCUCUGUCCCGUAUUCUUCACCAGUUGGCUAUCCACAAAGACGCCCAAGACAGGGUCAGAGAAGAAAUCAAAGAAGCGAGACGGGAGAAUGGUGGACAAGACAUUGGCUAUGACGAAUUGGCUACACUACCCUACCUUGACGCGGUAUGCAGAGAGACUCUCCGGCUUUAUCCCCCGAUUUCAUGGGUUCCAAGAGAGGCCAAUGAAGAUGUUAUACUUCCUCUAUCCAAGCCGAUCAGAGGUUUGAAUGGCGAAGAAAUUCGGGAAAUACCUGUUCCCAAGGGGACCAAUGUCAGCGUCUCACUUCUAGCAGCUAACAGAGACCCAGAUCUGUGGGGACCUGACGCACUUGAAUGGAAACCUGAGAGGUGGUUGAACCCUCUUCCUGAAGCUUUGGUCGAAGCCCAUGUACCCGGAAUAUACUCACAUUUGAUGACAUUCCUGGGAGGCGGUCGGUCCUGUCUUGGAUUCAAAUUUUCCCAACUGGAGAUGAAGGUUGUCCUCACUUUGUUGCUGGAAAAUCUUGAAUUUUCGCUCAGCAAACAACCGAUUAUCUGGCAAAUGUUUGCCAUAUCCACACCCAACGUCGAUCCCGACAGUGUGAUACCCACCAUGCCGAUGAUCAUCAGCAUGGCUAAGUAG